AUGUGCACUUCUCUGCCAUAUAUAAAAGGCAACCCACCUGAUCUUCUCCCUUAAUCCACGCUUCACUUCUCUCUCCCUUUUCAAAACACCAUAUUUUCAGGUUGAAUUAAUGGCACUGCUUGCUCUCAAAGCACAGCUCACUGCCUUUGUACAAUCUAUGUUUGAUGAGGGACUGCUGGAUGGACAAUUUAUUCAAAUUCAAGCCUUGCAAGACGAAACCAAUCCCAAUUUUAUUGCUGAAGUGAUCACCUCCUUCUGCAAUGAUGCUGAAAGAAUUAUAACAGAAUUGAACAAAUAUAUGACUCAACAAAAUGUGGACUUCUCCAAGUUGGAAUCAUGUGUUCAUCAGCUGAAAGGAAGUAGCUCAAGCAUUGGAGCACACAGGCUGAAACUUGCUUGUGCUGAUCUUCAACAAGCUUUCGAUGAAAAAAACAAGGGAGGGUGCCUCAAAGCUUUAAACAUAAUCACACGCGAAUAUUGCAUUCUUGGAGGCAAAUUUGAGACCUUAAUUCAGCUAGAGAAAAGUAUCUUAGCCAUUAAGAGCAAUCAGCAGCAGCAGGGUAGCUACCAUAUCGCCAAAUCGACAUAAGGAAUCUCAUAAGCUAUCUCAUAUAUGUAGUUAUAAACAAUAAAACAUCUUCUACUUUGUUACAUCAGUGUGUUGCUUUUGGCUUGUAAUGGUGAUUCUUAAUUGACAAAGUGUUAUCUGAA